UGAUUAAUGACAAUUUUAUAUUGUUACAUCCGUACUCUUGAGGUUGUUCUUUUUUAUAAUGGAAACUAAAUUAUUUUCUGGAACGAUACGUGUUUUAUAGGAAGUAGAGUAUUUAAUUGCCAGAUGUUGCAGAGCAUUUACUCCUGUGAAGCGGUGACGUAGCAGUUGUUUCCUCCAAUCCACCUCUUUUCACUCAUCUUUUUUAUCGUAAAUAAAUUAAAAAUCUGUAGUAGCAAGAUAAACACGAGUUGCUUAACCAAAAGGUAAUCCAACAGAGGAGUAAAGAUGCAACCGACAGGCAGUGGCGGUGGUGGAGGACUAUCCAGAUUCCGGUCAGCUCCGGCGACAUGGCUGGAAGCACUGCUAGAAUCAGAAGAAGAAGAUGUAAUCAUUGACCCACCAAAACCACCUCCACAUCAGCAAGCUUCCAUUGCAGGCACCCCCACCCCCUCCAGACCUACUUACGUUGAUCCCAAUAUCUUCUUACCUAGCCGACAGAACAGCUCUCCCGCCGAAUUCUUUUCUGAGAUCAACAAUCCUGAUGCCUAUCUCUCCAAUUACGACGACUACCUCUCCUCGUCCUACCACAACGUUAAACCAUCCAGGGCUGUCGAUGUAGACGACCAACAACCCAAGUUCACCACACAGCUCAGCGGAGAUCAGAGCGCGUUGUUGGAUGUUGAGAUGGAUAAGCUUCUGGGGGAUUCGGUGCCGUGUCGAGUACGAGCAAAGCGCGGAUGUGCCACUCAUCCUCGGAGUAUCGCCGAGAGGGUUAGAAGGACUCGGAUUAGUGACAGAAUAAGGAAGCUCCAAGAACUGGUUCCGAAUAUGGAUAAGCAAACCAAUACGGCAGACAUGCUAGAAGAGGCGGUUGAAUACGUCAAGUUUCUGCAAAGACAGAUUCAGGAACAAGGUUGGAUAAAGAGUCGUUCAUGAUCUCUCCUCUAGGCAAAAAGACGUGAAUGCCAUCUUCAUACUUAGCUUAUUAUUUGGAAAUAAACCUUAAAAACUUAUCUAGUCCCGUCUUGUCAUAUCUCUUCUAACAAACGCAAACAAGUCUUGCGUAUGUUGCAUUGGACAGGACUAGAUGAGGUUUUUAGGGCUAUUUCGGAUGAGGUAAGCAUUCACAUCUUUAAACAGACAUGAGAUCAAGGACGAGUCCCCAUCCCACCUUGUUCUACCUUUUUGGGAGAUGCAGAAAAAUUGCAAUUAUUUUCCCAUUGACAUCCAUCAGAGGCUGUAACAAUCAGGGAACUAAAGGAGCACCGAGACAAAUGCACAUGUGUGGUUGACGAUUGAUAACAGAAAAGAAGCUAACCUUUUUUCGAUCGUGGUUCAAGGGAUCAUAAUGGAGGACUAUGGUGCUUAUUCCAAAAUCUCAGAUCAAAUUAUAUUUUUCCUUUGUGAAACCAAGGAAAUACCAUGAGAAGUGAGUAAACUAGUCAGGGGGUAUGUGUUGUUGGCCACUCUCACUUGUGUCAUUAGUACCAUCUGUUCUCCAUUACACCUCUAGGAUUUCCUUGCUAAAUAGUAAACUUAUCAAUGGCUAAUACUCUCACUUGUAUACUUGCUCCUCCUAAUUGCUUACUCUUCAUGUUUUCUUGGGAACUAUGUUAUCUUUUAAAAUGCUAUGCCAAAAUGAAC